GGUACGUGUGUGUCUGUGUGUGUCUGCGGUCACACGGUUUGAACGCGGAGCUGCACCUGACCGUGAACGGAGACAAGCGCAUCAUUGCAGUUUUAAACUCUUUCCCUGCCUGAACAAGACAAUGGACUAUAAAGGUGAUAUUCAUACAAAUGGAACUCCCAAGUGUGGCCAGGACAAUCUGUUAAAGAAAGAUAAUAUGGCUACGGCAGAGGCAAGGAGUUUUGACAUUAAAGUCGGUGACCCCAUGGAUAAAACUGAUGGGAAAAAAGAAGACUCCAAUGUAAUUUCUGGAUUAUCUGUAGGGCAGAUUGGGAGUCAUUGCCAGGGUUCUAUGGGAGAAAAUGGCUUUGGUCAGAUCUCUAACACUGACAUGUUUGGUUUCAGCCAGCAAGGAAUGAAUAGAAGUGCUAAUAUGAAUGUGGGAAUGGCCCCCUUUCAGCCCAUUAAACCUCCCUCUAUGGCUGAAUCUCAGAAGACAUCUAUACUACAUGCUAAUGAACCACCCAAACCUUUCCUGGCCCCCAGUAAACCAUCUGACACAAGCACUCACAAUAUCGUGGACAAACCUGCAGAAGUAUCCUCCUGGACAGGACAGGCCAUGCUCACCCAUUCGCCCAUCAAGGCAGAGCAGAGUCCUUUUGAACUUUUGGGUUACCAAGGGGUUCCGCAUAAAGAUGCCACAUCAGAUGGUGGGUCAGAUGAAAAUGUACAGCAGAAAAGAAGGGAAUGUGAAACUAGAGAAGAAGCAUAUGGUCUCUUGGAAUGCCUAAGAUCUCCUGAGAAAACCCAUUUAAAAAGCUCUGACCAAGAAGAUUGUUCAGUCCCUGAUAAUGGCGAAAACUGGAGGAGCGAAAUUCGAGAAUGGGGUGGUGGACGGAUCCAGGCAAAGAAAAGUAAGGGUAGAAAGAAGCUCCCUGAAGAGUGGGCCAAUUUACCAAGUACAGGGUGCCCCUCUCCUCCUACUGACCCACUUACUCCAAAGGACAUGGAUACGAUUAUUUCUGACAUGUAUGAGGUCAAUGAUAGUCCUACUAUUAUUAAGCAAGAGGGUUCAUUGCAUUCUUGCACAACUACUCUUCAGUCGGCCAUUCCAGUCACUAUAAGUCAGGAGAUUACCACUUCGUCGCCUAACAACCUUGAUCAAUCCAAAAGCAAUCAAAACUUAACCCCAAAUCUUACAUCUGGCCUUGACACUACUGUACAUGCCAUCUAUAGCCCACAUACAGCCACCAGCUCCUUCCAGAACAAUUCAUCUGUACAUGGUCCCUCCUCAUCAGACCACUCCAGCAUUGUAGUAAACCAAAAUUCUGAAGAUCCUGCUUCCCUCACUACUCAAACAAUGCAUCUGGAACCACCAGUGGCAAAGUCCCACCAAGAAGACACUACUGCAAAAGAGAAGAUAGAAAAAAUUGACACUUCACCCAAGACAGAUGUUUUGAACACACUUGUAAAAGCAAGCACGAAUGAAAAGACAGAGAAGACUGACAACAAAAAAAUGGAUAAUAUGGGCAAGAUUCAGGAGACAGAGAAACAGGACUCUAAAUCUGAGAAGAACGGAAAUCUUGAAAAAAUGAGUAAUCUUCAAGAGACAAAAAAGGAUAUGAAGGACGAGAAGAAAAAUGGUGUUGAAAAAGUGGAUAAGAUGAUCAAAAAUGAGAAAAAUGUGAAGGCUGCCAAAGAGACCAGCAAAGGUCCUGCAGCUAAUGGAACCAAAGAUUUGAUCAGUCCUGAUAAUGUUAAGACAAACAAACAGAAUUCAAUCAAACCAAGCUCACAUUCCACUGGAGAAAAUUCCAGUGCCCUUACCUCCAGUUCAGGAAAAAAAGGCCCUGUGGCUAAGAAAACAUCGCCGACUGGCGCCAAGAAGCCUCCUGGAAUCACGUCUACCCAUGAGGCAAAGACCUCAGGGAAUAGUACUUCAGCCCAGCGGAAGCCUCCAGUUCCAAAGUUCAAUGAGUCUUCAAAAGGUUCAUCUGGUACCAAGACCAGUAACUCCUCAGUUAAAACUUUACUGAAGAAGACCUCUACAAAUGCAGCCAGCGCACCAGCUACCCCAGCCACUGAUCCAGCCCCUCGUCCCUCUCGCAUCACCAAACCACCUGUGCCCAAGCAGGUGCCCCUGCCAAAGAAGCGUCCAGUGCCACCAACACCACGGAAUUCUCGAAUCCCUAAUACACCCCGGCCUGAUCUAAAGAAUGUAUCCUCAAAGAUUGGCUCCACAGACAACAUGAAGUACCAGCCCGGUGGAGGCAAGGUUCAGAUAACACACAAAAAAAUGGAUUUCAGUCACAUCACCUCACGCUGUGGCUCUAAGGACAACAUCAAGCAUGUCCCUGGAGGAGGAAAUGUUCAAAUUCUGACUAAAAAAGUUGAUUUAAGCAAAGUGACCUCAAAAUGUGGGUCCAAGGACAACAUUAACCACAAGCCAGGUGGUGGUAAUGUAAAGACUGAGUCGCAGAAGAGCAAGACCAAUUCUAAAAUGGGAUCAAUGGACAAUGUGGACAAAGAGCCAGGAGGUGAUCAUGCUGAGGGGGUAGGGGAUCAACCUAAAGAAAGCCCACCUGCACCUGCAAACCCACCUAUUCAGACCAGUGGAGGGAUAAUGGAGAUGGGGCUGAAAGACAGCACUACUGUCCCGCCACCAGCACCCUCUGAAGGACAGGGGCUCUGGAAUUCUCAAAGUCAAAACAAACAAAUCCCUGCCACAAACUGAAUCUUACAAGCUGAGCCUCCAACGAGAUGCAACAAGCUUACAAAGAACCGUGGCACCAGUAUCAUCUCCUGGUUCCUUCCUGAGUGGCAGCCACCUUUCACCCACAAGGCAUUUGCAGUGUUUCUCUGAGCUCCACAGUAUCUUUUGUGUCAACCUAGCCCGUUGCACAUCGUAGCUAGGAAAUGGGCUCGAAACAAUUACUCUAACACAAAACAUCCAAACCACAGUCAUGCCAUUAUCAGCCACCCUUCUCUUCUUUGACCAUCUUCUCUUUUUCCUCAGAUAUGCACAGAUUGGAUCUUAACACAGGGGUUCAGCAGGUUUGUAGUCUCAUGGUUUCAUAGCCAGCUUGAUUUCAGUGUGUAGUGCUGGAUGGAAGCCAUAUUCGGUCAUACUGCAAACUAAACGAAAAAAUUGAAUGCAUUAUGCUCCUUUCUGCUUUACAACUGAAGUAAAAGGGUCAAAAUAACCAACAUAAUUACAGCAUCAAGUGGUGGAAUCUUAAAAUAUAAAUAAUGCAUUUCCCCAAAUGUUUUGCUUUCAAUAUAUGCGUAACUUAUAUGAACUCCCAUAUAAAUCUGUGAGAACAAAAAGUAGAAGAUAUAUACACCACAGGUUUACUCUGAGCCAGUAUUUCCUAUCCCAUUGGCUGCACAUCUUCCAAUUGAAACUUUUAUGGAGUCACUAAGGAGCCUAUGUUAAAGCAUGCCAGAAAUUAUGUUUACUCCAUCUAAAUUAAGGAAAUUAUGGAAUAGGUUAAUUUGAUUAGUGAGACAGUUAGAUUUCACCAUAAUUACAUAAUGCAGUGAUUAUUUUAACCAUGGUUGUAUUACUAUUUAGGUAAUGCAGGCUUUCUAAACACAAGGACAAACACCUUCACCAUGAACCUAUUUAUUGUAGUGCAGCGACCUGAAAGAAAGAAAAAAAAACAGCUUACUGAGGGGCGUUUGAAGAAACCUGAGCUAAGGCAGCAUCGAACAGGGAAAUUAUUUAAUAGUGCAUAUUGAGAGGGCAAAAUCAGUAUUGGUUUACUGAGGCCAAAGAUCCACUUUUUCCGGUUUUUUUUUUCCAGGCAUGUUCCUUGGUAAAAUAUUUACUGUGUUGAAUUUUACUUUAAUAUGGUGAGAAUUCGAUUACACAGAUUCAUUUUUAUAAGUGAAAGGCAUAAACAUUUUGUUAGAUAUGCUGAGAAGCACAAUAUGGGGUUAUGAAAUACCUGACGUUUGGAAGAAAGAUCAUGCCUGACCUGCUACCAUCCUCCUAAUUCAUUUCUUAUAACUUACUUGCCAUCUGUGACAAGAUUAACGCAUCCGGCACCUCUCUGUCUCGAAAUUCUCCCCCCUUCCGCUUGCAAAAAAAAAAAGAA